AAUUACUCUGUAAAUUUAUUAUUCCUCUGUUCUUCUUGUUCGUCUCUAUGAGCUUUGAAAUGUUUUCAAAUUUUGAAACAGACAAGUGUCAGUGUUAUUGUUAUUUUGGGAAAAAUUAAACUGACUUCGGAUAAGAUCUAGACUGCAAACUUUAUCCUAUUCUGGCGGCAAUUUUGGUUCAUAUGCUAGUUUCUUACAAAUCAGGACGUAGAAGGGAAGAAAUGGCAGCGAACGGAGAGAUGAGGGUUGCGAACGGAGGUCGCAAUGGACUGGCGAAGAUCCAGACGCAGAAGAGACAGAACGGCAUAUGUCACGACGACAGCACGCCUCCGGUGAAGGCUCAGACGAUCGAUGAGCUUCACUCCCUGCAGAAGAAGAGAUCAGCCCCUACCACUCCCAUUGAUGGGAUUCCGGCGCCUUUUGCUGCCAUGUCUGAAGAAGAACGCCACAAGCAGCAGCUCCAGUCCAUUAGUGCUUCUCUGGCAUCACUGACGAGAGAAACCGGACCCAAAUUGGUGAAAGGAGAUCCAGCAAGACAGUCUGAUACCCCAAAGGUUUCGCACCACCAUUACCACAUCCACACACCAACCAUCAGCGUUAGUGACAGUUCCUUGAAGUUUACCCAUGUCCUCUACAACCUCUCUCCCGCAGAGUUAUACGAACAGGCCAUCAAGUAUGAGAAAGGGUCCUUCAUUACUUCAACAGGUGCAUUGGCCACCCUUUCUGGGGCCAAGACAGGUCGGGCUCCAAGAGAUAAACGCGUUGUCAAGGACGAUACUACAGAGAAUGACCUUUGGUGGGGAAAAGGUUCUCCCAAUAUUGAAAUGGAUGAGCAUACAUUCUUGGUGAACAGAGAAAGAGCUGUUGAUUACUUGAACUCUUUGGAGAAGGUUUUCGUUAAUGAUCAAUUCUUGAACUGGGACCCAGAGAACCAAAUCAAAGUCCGGAUUGUCUCCGCCAGAGCUUACCAUUCCUUGUUCAUGCACAACAUGUGUAUCCGACCCACACCUGAAGAGCUGGAGAAUUUCGGUACUCCGGACUUCACUAUAUACAAUGCUGGUCAAUUCCCGUGUAAUCGUUACACCCACUACAUGACAUCCUCUACUAGCAUAGAUUUAAACCUCGCUAGAAGGGAAAUGGUCAUCCUCGGCACUCAGUACGCCGGGGAAAUGAAGAAAGGUCUAUUCAGUGUAAUGCAUUAUCUCAUGCCUAUGCGUCAAAUCCUCUCCCUACAUUCCGGCUGCAAUAUGGGCAAAGAUGGAGAUGUCGCCCUCUUCUUUGGACUGUCAGGUACCGGAAAGACAACUUUGUCAACUGAUCACAAUAGGUACUUAAUUGGAGACGACGAACACUGUUGGAGUGAAACUGGUGUGUCAAACAUUGAAGGUGGUUGCUAUGCCAAGUGUAUCGAUCUCUCAAGGGAGAAGGAGCCUGAUAUAUGGAAUGCCAUCAAGUUUGGGACCGUGGUGGAAAACGUGGUGUUCGAUGAGCAUACCCGAGAAGUGGAUUAUGAAGAUAAGUCUGUUACAGAGAACACACGCGCAGCUUAUCCCAUUGAGUACAUUCCCAAUGCAAAGUUACCAUGUGUUGGUCCACACCCGAAGAAUGUCAUACUUUUGGCAUGUGAUGCAUUUGGUGUGCUCCCACCUGUGAGCAAGCUGAACCUUGCCCAGACAAUGUACCAUUUCAUCAGUGGCUACACUGCUCUGGUGGCUGGCACGGAAGAGGGUGUGAAGGAGCCACAGGCAACCUUUUCAGCCUGCUUUGGCGCAGCUUUUAUCAUGCUGCACCCUACCAAAUAUGCUGCCAUGCUAGCUGCAAAGAUGCAGAAGCAUGGUGCGACAGGAUGGCUAGUCAACACCGGAUGGUCUGGUGGAAGCUAUGGUUCAGGGAAACGUAUCAAGUUACCAUACACCCGCAAAAUCAUUGAUGCCAUACACUCUGGCAGCCUUCUGAAUGCCAAUUAUAAAAAGACAGAAGUGUUUGGGCUUGAGAUUCCAACUGAAAUCGAGGGUGUGCCUCCUGAAAUUCUGGAUCCAAUCAACACUUGGUCGGAUAAGAAGUCUUACAAGGAAACAUUGUUGAAGCUAGCUGGCCUAUUCAAGGGGAACUUUGAGGGAUUUGUGAACCACAAGAUUGGCAAAGAUAGCAAGCUGACCGAGGAAAUCCUUGCUGCUGGUCCUAUAUUCUGAUCUGAUGUGGAAGGAAAUGAAAAAUAAUGUGGGGUUUGGUAAUGUUAAAUGGGUAGAAAUAAGAUAUAUGGUUAGAUUUAGAUGUAAUCGAAUUUGAAAUUAAUUGACAUGGAAUUUGAAAUGUACCAAUCAUUUUGUCACUUGCAAUACACUCUUUAUUGAUGACUUC